AUGCUAAGUGUUCUUAGUCAAAGCGAAACUUCAAAGCCCAAUGGACUAACAGCCCAAAGCGAUAACAUAGAUCAUAAAAAGCGACAAAUGGACGAAAGUAACACCAAUUUCACGAACUCGUCGGGCUCGAGCUUGACACCGGAACAGACCACCACCACCACUGCUGCUGCUGGUGCAAAUACAAAUAGAUCGGCAACAACGACAGAAGCAGCUACAUCAACGACACUAACGACAACAGAGGUAGCGGGUUCUACUCCAAAACCAACAAACAUUCAGGACUCCAACGAGACUGGUUUCAAUGGGAACCCUGAAUCAAGACGCGACUCGGUAAGCAGUACCGUAUCAACGACGGCAGAUGGCAGAAGACGAUCCAAAGUAAGUCGUGCAUGUGACCAAUGUCGGAAAAAGAAAAUUAAAUGCGACUAUAUAGAAGGAUCAGAAAACAAUCCUGACCAGAGCUGUACCGGGUGCCGUAAGAUCGGCGAGAAGUGCAGUUUUGAGCGGGUCCCCUUGAAAAGAGGACCGUCAAAGGGUUACACGCGUUCUAAUAGCCAAAGCAGGGAAAGAAGAUCUUCACAGCACAGACAGUCUUUAUCUGAACUGUCGUCGAUGAAAAGUAGGAUAGGCUCUGCUAGCAAUCCAAUAGGAGGUAUUAAUGAUCAACAGAAGCAAGAAGGUAUUGAAGUAGUUAUGCACCCGGGUCAGUCAGCAACUCCAACCGGAGCUGUUUCCCUUCCGCCAUUAUUACAAUACCUUCCUGGCAUGAACCAAUCUACGCAACACGUUUCAUCACCAUCUGGUCUACAACAGCCAUUUUGGAAAGUACCAUAUCAUGAAUACCAGUACCAAAGGAGACCAUCCCUUGAUUCCUUAGCUAGUGAUAGUUCUCAAAAGGGUAACGGGAAGCCAAUUCCACAGCAACAACCGCAACUUCAAUCCUUGAACAAUGUAAGGUCUAACACAGGGCCUUUACAAAGUCAAGAAACAAUGCGUAAUCAAAGGUACUACUACCAAUCAUCACAGGACUCUGCCUCGGAGGCUGGAUCCGACAAUAGGAGAAGCUCAUCUGCGAUUCCACCGUUACUAAACCCUGCUAUGCAAAUUCAACAACAUCAGCCAUAUCCAUAUUCACAAUUUACCCUAGCUCAACAGCAACAACAACAACAGCAGCAGCAGCAGCAGCAGCAGCAGCAACAACAACAGCAACAACAACAUCCAAACAUGCAUGCUUUGCAAUCAUUACAACAAAAUACGAUGAAACCACAAGGGUUUUUACCGGGUGGACCACUUGGCCCUUACUCAGCGAAUAAGGCCCUUCAACAACCACAACCGCAGACACAACUACAACAACCACAACCGCAAUCGCAGUCGCAGUCGCAACUACAGUCACAAUUGCAAUCACAAGCGCAGCAGCAAUCACAACAGCCACAAAUACAACCUGAUCAAGGCCAUGUACUAAAAAGAACAGAUAGUGCCGCUAGCGAUGCUAUGUCAUUAAAUGCUUCUCCCAUGGCCUAUAAUGGUGAACCAGAGUCUGCUCCGCAAUCUCCGGUCCAAAAAAAGAGGAAAAAAUCUAAUAAAUCUAGUGGCUCCAAAAAGGGAAAGCUCGGUCAACAUGAUCUUGCGCUGACGAAUUCCUCACUGGUUAACUACGGCCAGGUUUCAGAUGUCGAGUUGAUCAACACAUAUUACGAGUAUAUCCACUUGAGGUUCCCAAUAAUACCUGUUAAUAAGGAGACUUUGACCAAUGAAAUACUUUUAGUGAACACCCAACCGGUCUCUGAGCUUCACGAGUUCAAUGCUUAUAUUCUCCUGUGGUUCAGGAACUCGCUAGAAUUACUUAUCAGAAUAUGUCGUAAGGACAAGCAAUCGGAGGAAGUUUUAUAUCAGCAAACCACUUUUGUUGGUGCCAUCAACGAGUGUUUCCAAAAGAUUGUCGAUGUUCAUCCCAGAUUCAGAGAUUUGGAAUCUCAGAUUAGUGAGAAGAUAGCUUUGAUAUAUCUUGUGACGUUUAUCAUUCUCAAUUACACACUCGCAUUGGUGAGCUAUAACAAUUCUUUUGUUCUUGGAAUGUCAGUGAUCAUAUUUAAUGAGCUAAAGCUAUGGAAAAGCUUUAUAUUUGGGAACUGGGACACUGCUAGUGCGCAGGAAAAGAUGUAUCUCCGUUUGUACUAUGAGUUAAAUGUGUUUGACUCGUUGCAAUCUUGUUCUUUCGGGGUACCUAAGUUAAUGGAUUUACAAUUGGACGAGAAUACUGUGUCUAAGUUAUUCUAUGACGACGUUUCUGCAGAAGGGUCCGAUAAAGAGGCACUCAAGUAUUGCGUUGACUGGGAUCCCGAGAACGUGGCGGUAAUUGUUGACAACAUGGAGUUGGGAUAUUUCCUCACGAGGCUAUGUCAGUCCAGACGGUCCCGGUUGAAUUUGCCCUUGCCUGAUGUGCUAGAGAAGGACAAAAACGCACAAAGGAAGACCAUUCCUGGUCUUUUCCGCACCUUUUUGUACCUCAAGAGACAGUUCACGGACCUUCUUCUUGGAUUGCCCGAUUCUGAGGGUAAAUUUCCAGAAAUGACCUCCGAGCUUGUCACGAAGCUCAGCAACAUGGUGUGUGACUUGACGUCCUCGAUUUACGAUCUUUUGAAGUUGAAUCUCGAGACAAACCUGACGAACUGCAUUCAACCGCAGUCGCAGCAGCAGUCACCAAAGGACAGACUUUCGUCCAAGAACACCAUUUCCCCAAGAUCCAAUGCCAUGUCUCCAAAGGCAGCUGACGUUGGCGGUCCUAGCAACAGCGGUAGCGCUAGUGCGAGCCCCGGUCCAGGCACUGUGCCCAGCCAUAAUGCUGAGAUCGGCACCGUCUCGCCCUACAUAAUUGCAAUCUUCAGGGAAGUCUCCAAUGUGGUCGAGCUCAUCAAAAACAUGCCCACAUCGCUAAUCGGGUGUGUCAUCGGAACCCACACUCCAAACUUCGACUCCCAACCGCUCGUCCUCCAGCUCUCCCAGUGCAUGAAUAAUAUGCUCCAGAUCGCAACCUUCACAAGCAGCCUACGGCCAUUCAAGAUUUUCAAGUACGAUCCGAAUGACCAGACCAAGAAUAACUCCCUGGCUGCCGUACCGAUCUACAAAUCCAAGAUCCAGGACUCCCUGCCUACGCUACAGACCGCAGUGACGCCCCAGCAGAUCAUGAUGACCCAGUUCAUCGAGACUGCCUGGCGUCUUGCCGACACUGAAGAGCUGGGAUGGUUCGCCUCCAACGCCGAUCAGGACUUAGUAUAG